AUGGCGGAGGCGGUGAUGGGGCCGUUGGUGGGAAGGCUGCAGGAGCUGGCGAUGAGCGAGGCACGGGCGAUGAUGGCGGUGAACGACGACGUCCGGAGCCUCCGCGACAAGCUCAUGUGGAUGCAGGCCUUUCUCCGCGACGCCGAGCCCCGGCGCCGCGCCAAGAACGACGAGCUCAUCAGGGUCUGCCUGCAACAGACACGCGACGCCGUCUUCGACGCCGAGGAUGCCGUCGACCAGUACUUCCUCCAGGUCGACCUCUCCAGACCAUUUUCCAUCGUCACCAAGAUGCCGAAGCACGACGCGGAGACCGGCUCAAACCGCGCCGAAUUUGGCCACGCGCCCGUGGACACAGAGACGGCGCAUGAGUUGGCUGUCACCGGAUUCCCAGCGCCGUCGGCCUGCCACUGA